AAAAUAAAGCGUGGGCUCAUUCUCAAGCUAAGCUAGCUACUCUCUCAAACCACACAACGAUGAGUCGCAAGAGAGAGAAUCCCUCCUUUUCCCGCCACGACUUCAAACGCCGUCGUCCACUUCCGCCGCCGCCGGAAGAAGAUAAACCCACCAAGCGCCCAACACCGCCGUCUGCGGUGGUCAUCAUGGGUCUCCCUCUUGACUGCUCCGUCCUCGAUCUCAAGUCUCGAUUUGAGAUCUACGGCUCCAUCUCCCGCAUUCGUAUCGACCGUGACGCCGUCGGUUACAUCACUUACCGGACUAAAGACUCCGCAGACGCCGCCAUCGCCGCGGGUCAUGAUCCUUCGUUUGGAGUCACUGUUAAUUCUAAAAAGGUUCAGGUAUUGUGGGCAACAGAUCCUCUAGCAAUGUGGAGGGAAGGAGUUGGUAAGAACAAGGAUAACGUGUCUAUGUCAAAGCUUGUGAGAGCUGAGGCACCUCUGAGGAGGCAUGGAAGAGGUAAUAGACUUGCUUCAGCUAUAGGGAAAACCAAAAGUAGUGAGGAUGGUUCUGGUAGCUCAGUUCUUGAAGUUCCUUUCAAGGGCAGAGAAAUUGUUGCUUAUGAUGAUAUCUUGUAAUUCUGAAAAUCAAUAUUUAAUCUUUUUUCAUAGGGUUAACUUAUUUUGUAUCAAUGUUUUGAUAACACUUUGAAUUUAGGGUUUAGAUCUAUGCUAGUUCUUUUUUCAUAUAAGUUAAUUAUGUAAUUUAGUUUGUGGUUUUUGAUGUUUGAUGUCUACAUUAGUAAUAUAAUUUGGUAAAUAGUUGGUUUAUCCUA